GUGGUUGGUCUCAAAUAUUUUCAAGACUUUUACUGUGCCACAUUUUUGUCUUAACAGUGAAUCCUUCUCUGGCACUGGGGAACCUGAGCUGCUGAUGAUGCUGCCACUCCGCCUGCCCUCCAACGCCUCUCGCGAUACCAUUCUUCCAAGCCCUCAUUGGCCUGAGCAGAUAGUCGCAGUAAAAACCUGUCCAACCUCCCAGCGUCGAUUCUUUGCUGCUCAAAUGCGAUAACCACACCAGCUGUCGUUUGACAUGGAAACAUAGGCUGCCACGGCUAGCCAUAGCGCGCGUGCUACAAUUGCGAGCAGCAGAAGUGGGGCUAGAGAAAUUUCGGGGAGAGAGAGAUGCAAAAGCCCAUACUCAGUAGGGCCAGAGAAAUUUCGGGGAAAGGGAGAUGCAAAAGCCCAUACUCAGUGGGGCCCCGAAAACACAACCCAUUAUGCUAUUUUGCUAUCAUGAAAUUUACAUUUUUUUUAUAUUUGUCGGUAAGGAGUACCAGCGUUGACUGUCUGCUGGUCUGCAGAACCAUUCAACCUUAGGAGGUCGGUCUCCGACUGCUAGUGCCCUCUUCUGCUGGGGACCUUAUUUUUAGCAGGGAUUGUUGGGAGCAGUUCAAGUGCGAUUUGCAACAUUGUUGGUGAAGUUGUAAUGUUGCCAUUUGACGUCUGGUAGUGGUUUGUUGGAAGAGGACGUCGGAAAUCGGCGUUCAUCAGUCAGGAUGUGAAUUGUUCGGACGAUUUCGGGAGCUAGACAGCGGUGUUGCCAGCGUCACUGGCGAAUGAAAUGGCACGUCAGAAGUCCGCGUUGCUCGGAAUCACCAUUGUUCUUUCUCUCCAUGUCUUCAGCAAUUUUCUGGAACAUGUAGAAGCGCAAGACCGUAUAUUGUUGCCGGCAGCUGAACAAUGGGCGCUGAGGAACCUUUCCUUCGCAUGGCAGAACACCAAAGAUUUGAACAGACUCCUGCCUGGAUGGAAAGAUUAUGAGCCGGAAGUUUUGCCUGAAAUCGGGAUUUCGAAUUAUGAUCCCUGCUAUUUUGAUUCUUGGCGAGGUGUCCGCUGUUACAUUAGGGAAAGGGAUAAUACUGGAACUUAUAGAAAUUGGGAUGCAAAUGUCGUAAGCAUCACACUCAGUGGCGAAUUGAUCAAAGGCAAUUUGCCUGCAGAUAUAUGGAACUUCUCGACUCUUUCAACCUUAACCUUGACAGGAAAUCCUGAACUGGUAGGCUUUCUCCCCUCUAUCAACCGUGAUAGCGAACUCUGGGCUCUAAAAAACCUAGAUCUUCAUGGCAAUGUACUUCAAGGACCCAUACCUAGUAUGUACGGGGAUAAUUUGACUGGGCUCGAAGACCUAGAUUUAAGCAACAACCUUCUGACCGGGUCACUCCCAGAAAGCUUUCGUAAACUCGAAAAGUUGUGGACUUUGAAGCUGUCGCACAACCAGCUUUCUGGAAGCAUACCGAGAAAUCUUUUCGACAAUUUGAGCCGAAUAGUCACAUUGGAUCUAUCAAACAACAGUUUCAGCGGGAAACUUCCUAAUUUGACCUCCGCGGCCUCUCUCAACAGACUGAAUAUGAGCCACAAUGCAUUUAGUGGCUCUGUAGAACUCCUUGUUAAAAAAACGAACUUGGAUGCUUUGGACCUCUCCAACAACUAUUUCACAGGCUCGAUGCCAAAUUUGAGCAACUGCUCAAAUCUUCAAUCUCUGAGUUUAAGCAACAACAAGUUUGAUCCACAAGAUAUUUCUGCCUUGCUGCAAAAUGUCACUGAGAUUAUAACAUAUCUGGGUCUGAGUAAUACCGCGCUGUAUGGCACGCUGAAUACGUCUAUGCUAAAACGCUUCACAAAGCUAAGGACAAUAGAACUAGAUUACAACAACAUCUCUGGAACACUGAACGUUACGGAUCUUCUUCCCUUCCCAGUAAACGAUGGGACCCGCAAUAGUAAGCUGCGUAUUAAUUUGAGGAACAAUAGUAUUGGCACGGUCAUUUACAAGGAUCAUGUUGGAAAUCUUUCGUUGAUUCUUGAGCUACAGGGAAACCCAUAUUGCGAAAAGUGGGUAAACAGUGAUGUUGGCAGGUGUUUUUGUAAGCAAGAAUGUUUUGAUUCAAAGAAGGAUAUUGCAAAUGCAAAACGGAAGACUAUUUUGAUAGCCUCACUUGUAUGUGGAAUCCUGCUGGCAAUCAUCAUCAGCAUUGGAUCUUUUUUGAUUUGGAAAAACAGAAGGGAUAGCGGAUACCGACUAGCCGCAGUACAUGAAAAGUUUGCCAAGCAUGAAUUGAAGCCUACGUUAUAUUCAUAUGGUGAGCUACAAAAGGCAACUAAUGAUUUUCAUCCCACCACGAAGUUGGGUGAGGGAGCAUUUGGUGCAGUUUACAAGGGAAAGCUUGCAGAUGGAAGUGUGGUGGCUGUGAAGCAACUAACCACAAAUGCACAACAAAAUAUGGAUGACUUUUUGAACGAGGUUGUUGUUCUUACAACUGUGAAACAUCGAAAUUUGGUGAAGCUCAAAGGUUGUUGCCUCCGUGGCGAUCGAAGACUUUUGGUAUAUGAGUGUGUGGAAAAUUAUGACCUUGCUGAGACGUUGUUUGACCACAAAGGUAACCAACUUAUAACUUGGCCAAAGCGAUUCAAUAUAUGUUUGGGAGUGGCACAUGGCCUACAAUAUCUACAUGAAGGGGUGGAACCCAGAAUCAUACAUAGAGAUAUUAAAGCCAACAAUGUUUUACUUGAUAAGAACUUGGAACCCAAAAUUGCAGACUUUGGUUUGGCACUUUUGUUUCCAAAUCAAGAGACCCAUAUUACAAUUUUGCAAAUUGCUGGUACAAAAGGAUAUUUGGCACCAGAGUAUGCUUCACUUGGCCAAAUAAGUGAAAAAGUAGACGUCUUCAGUUUUGGAGUGUUGGCCUUGGAGAUUGUGAGUGGGAGGAGAAAUAUCAAUUUUGAUCUGCCUUUGGACCAAACAUACCUGAGUGAAUGGGCAUGGAAACUAAAUGAAGCAGGUAGACUCAGAGGCCUAGUUGAUCCAAGUCUUUCGUUACAAGUUGAUGAAGAGGAUGUGGUACAACGAGUGACAAAUGUUGCAAUGGCAUGCUUGCAAACAGCUGCAGAAAGACGGCCAACAAUGAGUCAGGUGGUGGCAAUGUUACAGGGAGACAUUGAAGUUGGAGAAUGUGUCAGAGAGCGAUUUCAUGAGAAUGUGAAUAGAUCCUAUCAGAAGCUACUGGGGCUCAAAACGUCAGUCACUAGUCCUGUUCCUGUUGAUGAAGAGAGUCAAGUCCUUAAUGGAAGUAGUUCCCACGAUGGAGGUGGUUCUCAUGCGGGAAGUAGCAGUCUUGAGCUCAGUUCAGUGAGAGGUAGAUGAUGGUGUCACUUUUGUUUGUAGUUAUUGAAAUGUUUGUGUUUUAUUUAUCCACCAAAAUUUCCCUGGGAAGUUUGUGAAGUAGUGUUCAUAUGUCAAUAUGUAUCUGAUUUUGUAUUCUUAUAGAAGAGAAAUUAAGUUUCUGUAGUAGAUUGUACCAUUUUAAAUCUUAGAGGAGCAGUCAUCCAUAUUUUGGAUGAUUAAUAGGGAUGAUAGGGAGGUAGGGAUGACAAGAAAUAAGGUAUCAACAUAUAUUGAUAAGGAGGAGAUUAUCAACAAAAGAAGAGAGGACAAAAGAGAAAGAGAAGAUUGGAGAAGAGGAGCAAUAACAUAGAGAAUGUCAAUAUGUAAACAAGUUAUGGAAAUAAGUAUAUCACACUUUUUUGAAAUGUAAAUUUGGUACUUACUAA